AUGGUCAGAAUAACCGAUUUCAAAAAGACAUUCACUUGUCCAAAAUGUCAAUCCCAAAACGAUAACGCCACCAUCAAACAAGCAGAAAAUUAUGUAGUCACAAGAGAAUGCUCCUCAUGCUCUCAUCAGCAAACUCUUUUCAUUCCAGCAACUUCAGGUUUAAUUCCAUUAGAAAGGUCAACCAAAGCUUGUACUGCCACAUGUUCCUGCACACAAUUCAGACCUACCCAUAAUGAUGGAAUUACUUGUGAGUGUGGACAUUUGGGAAGUUAUCAUGGACAUUCCUAUGGUUUGGGUAGAGAUUUAGUGAUGAAGAGUUCACUCAUUGAUAAUGGAAUUCUUUCUUUUGAUGUGGAUAGUUGUGCUGAUAUGGUGGAGGAUAAUCAAUAA